AAUAAACUGUGUAUCAUCAUGUUGAGACUAUAUUGUUCCAUUUCUGCUUCCGUUUCAGAAGCUCCUGAUUGUGAUGCUGGCAUGUCCAAUAACAGCGGACACAUUGUUCCCAAUCAGGAGGAAGAGUCUGAGCCAAUGGAAGAUGAUAAUUCCACCUCUUCCAGUCUUCCAUCAGAACUCAACAUCUCUGAAUUUGGCUCAGAUGUUGCCAAUAAAAUACAGGGCGCAGAAGGACCAUCUACCAGCCCUGUUGAGCCCGGAUCUCCCUCACUUGAUCAAUUCAACCUGGGUCAAGUGUUGGGAGAAGGAGGAUUUGGGAAGGUAUUCCUAGCCGAGCACAAGAACACCGAAGUGCUAUAUGCCAUCAAGGCCCUAAAAAAAGAACAAGUUUUGAAAAGGGGCAACUUGGACAGUGUCUUCCAUGAGAAGGAAAUCCUCCAGAGGGUGAGUUCUGCUAACCACCCGUUCCUAGUGUCAUUACAUGGAACCUUCCAGACGGCGUCACACCUGUUCUACGUCAUGGAAUAUCUACCUGGAGGGGACAUGUGUGACUUUAUAAGAUCAGUGGAACUAGAAGAACCUGACGUCAUGUUUUACACCGCAUGCGUUGUCCUUGGCCUGGAGGCAUUACACCACCUUGGCAUUGUCCAUAGAGAUCUGAAGCUGGAGAAUUUGCUGUUGGACCGGGAUGGCUACCUUAAGAUCGUAGACUUCGGCCUCAGCAAAGACAGAUUUGGAUACAGCGACCGCACUAACACCAUGUGCGGCACAAGAACAUACAUGGCCCCGGAGAUCUAUUUGAAACAUGGAUACGGCAUGGCCGUUGACUGGUGGGCCCUAGGAAUUACCAUUUAUGUUAUGCUCCUGUAUGAGUUACCAUUCAACAACAAGGAUCCAGUCGAGCAAAUGAAUAGCAUCCUCUAUGAUGACAUCAUAUUACCGGAAGACCUAUCAGAGGAUGCCUGUACUCUAAUACAAGAACUGUUAGAGAAAGAUCCGGAAUUUCGCCUCGGUUCGGGUGACGCCGGGGCUGAAAUGAUUAAAGAGCACCCCUUCUUUAGAGAUAUGGACUGGGACCAUCUGUUACAGCGAAGAAUAACAGCUCCAUAUGUACUGGGCAACGAAGACCACCUGGAGAGCCGCGAGAACCCUGAAUGCCAAGCUCCAGCACUGACACCGCCUGCUGUAAGGAUUCCAUCAGAGCUGCAAGAGGCAUUCAGAGGAUUCUGAAAGAACAUCAGUUACCGCUGAAUGAACAUCUGAUAAGUAGACGGAAUAGAUGGGGAGGGUGGAGGGCCAGUCCAUAUCCAUAUAAGAAGUCCAUUCAUAUAAAGUGAUGCUCAGGUGUCCCACCUCAGUAAUCUCUGGCUGAGUAGGCUAAUGUAGGAAUAGUUUUCUCACACUUUGUAGAAUAUUCUAAAACCUUACCUGUAUAAAAGGCAAGUAAGAUCUAGUGGCAAGGUAAGAAACAGUGUAUUUAGUUAGUUAGGGAUUUUCUUUGCCUAAAAUGUUCCUUAGGUUAUGGAUAGCACUGGGUUGCAGCCAAUUGAGGUAUUAGUUAACACACAGGGCCCCUAAAAAUUUGUGGUGUGUGAUGAUCAUGAUAAUUCAUCUUACCUACUGAUGAUUUCAUCUCUCCUUCUGAUGCCACAAAGUUAUUUUUUCACUAAUGCCUCAUAAGCUGCCAUUGUUAUCUGUAUUUCUAGGAAACAUUUUAGAUUUUACUAGUUUUUUUUAAAGUGAUUUUUGCUCGAUUUUUUGUUUGCAGUUGUAAAAAGAAAGCAAUAGAUUGGGCCAGUUUGCAUUUCAAUACUAUAUAAUAUUUGUAGCCUUUUUAUUUAUUAUGGAUAGUAAAUAGUACUGUGCUGAAGGCAUAGCUGAGAUGCUUGGAGAGAAACAGGGAACUUGAUUGAACUGACAAAGUACUGAGGCUACCUUUAUUUCUGGGCAGUAAAUAUUUUGUUCUUAGCUGCCUAGCGCCACAGCUGCAAAAAGCCGAAUGCCUACACGAACAGCGAGCAUGAUUAGACUUGGCGUCACCUCUUUAGCAAAUGCCACAAGCUUUAUAGUUGGCAUCUCAAAUACUCACCUUUCAGAGCAGUGAAGUACAGAUGAAACUAAAGGGUCAAAAGAUGCUCCACUAAACAGAUAAACGCCAAAGCACAGAGAACUGCGUCCACAAUUCUGCAUGGAAUGGCAUCUCCAAAUAGCUGCAGAUAUGAGACACAGAUGUGAGAGAGAGAUGUGAGACACAGAUGUGAGACAGAGAGUUGCAACAGUCAAAAGAAAUCUUAUUCCGCGAUGAAGAUCAUAGAUUGUAUAAUGAACAUUGUACCAAACACUCAUCGGAGUCUGUGUGAAGAAAGAAGCCUGUACCCCACCUGCAAACCCCCACCCACUUUUCCUCCCCUAAUAGGCACCAUUUCAUACAUAACUUGUUUGUUCUGCUCACUUUAUGUAUAUUAAAAUACAAAUAAAAAAAUCUUGCUUUUCAAGAA